AAAUGAAAUCUGGCCCACGUUGCCAAACCAGAAUGCCAUCAUCACCAACCAAGCAAGCAAGCUCUCACCACACCACUUUGGAAGAAUGAAGAAUUUGGUUCGUUAGCUAACACAACACAUACUAUGCGCAUGUUAGCCUUAUCACACACAACCACGUUAUAAUAAGCACUCUCAAAGAUAACGCAAGUUUCUCUCUCUGUCAUCAGUCAUCACCCUUCUUCUUCCCUCUUCCUUUCUCUCACUAAAAAAUUUCAUAUAACUUUUUUUCUUCUCACAUUUUUUCAUAAAAAACAAAACAACAACAUUGUAAUUCGUUUGGGAAUUUUAUUUUCUUAGAUAAUAUAAAAAACAAAAAGUUUAUGUUUUUUGUCUUGUAAUGUUCUCUCUGUCUGUUUUCUGAAGCCGUUAGAGUUUACCCUUGAAGAACAGAUCCCUAUUUUCUUCAUUUCUCUGCUCAUUCGAUUUUCUCGAUCAAGUUUUCUGACAUUCUUCUUUUCAAUUCAACUCUCUUUCUAUAUACCCUUUUGUCUCUUCUCUUCGAUUAUCAUCUCAAAAUUUCGUCUUGCUUUCAACUUCCCAACUUGCUCUGUUUCUUCAAAAUUAAAUUUACGAUUAGGGUUUAUCAGCUAUGUAUGGUUUAUGAACUUUGAACUUCAAAUUUCGUUUCUGGGGUUUUAUAAGCUUUGAUUUUAAUACGACUUGUUUCUUCAAUUUGUGAUUUUGAAGGAAUGAUUAUCAAGCGGAACUUGAAAUCUCAAAUGCCGAGUUUGAAACGGUGUAAACUCGCUGACUCAGUUGAAGAAGAUAACGACUGUUCUAAUAUUGCUCCUAAGAAGAGAAAAACCAGCGGUUAUUAUUAUCCUCUGGACCUUUUAGGUGAUGUUGCCGCUGCUUUAAUUCCGGUGAGUUUUCACGGUCUACAUAGUACCGGUGUAUCGGAGAAGGGAUUGUCUGCAUCAUGGUGCACGCAAGUUCCGUGCUCCCCCGGUGAAGUUGAAUCGAAUUCGAAAGAAGCAAUGGUUCCGGUGAAUAAAAAACAGGUUAAGCGAAAGCAACCGCCACUUGUUAGAACUUCGAGAGGGCGAGUUCAGGUUCUUCCUUCGCGGUUUAAUGAUUCUGUUCUUGAUAAUUGGAAGAAAGAUGGUAAGAUUAGCUUGCGUAAUUGUGAAGUUGUAGAUGAAUUUGAAUGCAAAAAAGACAGGGUAGUACCGAAAAUUUGCAUCAACAAUGUUAAAAAAGGGCGAAAGGAUGAGAAAAUCCGUUCUAAGUUCCGUAAGUAUUCGGCAUUGUAUGAUGAUGAUGAUGUUGGUGUGAGUGUGAGGAAUAGGAGUUUUGGUAGAAGGAAAGAUUCAGCUUUGGAUGGAAAUGAAGUUGAUUGGAUGAUGGAUUGUGAUGAUAAAGUUGAUUUCAAGGAGAAUAAUGGAGAUAGGAAAGAUGGGUUGUAUGGACCAGAAGAUUUUUAUGCAGGUGAUAUGGUGUGGGCCAAAGCUGGAAGAAAGGAACCUUUUUGGCCGGCUGUUGUUAUUGAUCCUAUGAAACAAGCACCUGAGCUGGUUCUUAGGUCUUUAAUAGCUGAUACUGCUUGUGUCAUGUUUCUCGGCAAUGUGGGGAAUGAAAAUCAAAGGGACUAUGCAUGGGUGAAGCAUGGCAUGAUCUUUCCAUUUCUGGAUUAUGUAGACAGGUUUCAAGAGCAGCCUGAAUUGAGUAACUAUAGUCCCUCUGAUUUCCAAAUGGCAAUAGAGGAAGCGUUUUUGGCAGACCAAGGGUUUAAAGAGAAGUUGAUAGAUGAUAUAAAUGCAGCAGCUGAUGCCACUGGUUAUGAUGAUACUGUUCUGAAAUCUUUCAAGGAGGUCCGUGGUUCAAACCAGUAUGCAGGAACAGGAAAGCAUUUUCUUAAUCAGGAUUCAUUUGAUAAGAAAAACGCGAGAUCAUGUCAAGCUUGUGGAUUGGAUCUUCCUUACGAGAUGCCAAAGAAAACUAAGGGUUUGACAGCUAAUGGUCAAUUACUAUGUAAAACAUGUGCAAGGUUAACGAAAUUGAAGCAUUAUUGUGGCAUCUGCAACAAAGUUUGGAAUCAUUCCGAUAGUGGAAGCUGGGUGCGCUGUGAUGGAUGUAAAGUGUGGGUGCACGCCGAAUGUGACCAAAUUUCUAGAAACCAUUUCAAGGAUCUGGAAAGCACCGAUUAUUUCUGCCCUACGUGCAGAGGCAAGUUUGACUUUGAGUUAUCUGAUUCAGAAAAAACGACAAAGACAAAAGUCAAAUCGAACAGAAACGGUGGGCAGCUAGUGCUUUCAAAUAAGGUCAAUGUUUUAUGCAAUGGUGUGGAAGGCAUAUAUUUUCCAAGCCUACACUUAGUUGUGUGCAAGUGUGGUUUUUGUGGGCCAGAAAAGCAAGCACUUAGCGAAUGGGAACGACACACAGGUUCCAAAUUAAGAGAUUGGAAGACAAGUAUUAUCGUGAAAGACUCUAGGCUACCUCUGGAACAAUGGAUGCUGCAGGUUGCAGAAUCUCAUGCUAAUUCUCUAGUUUCUGUCAAACCUAAAAAACCUUCUUUAAAGGAAAGGAAGCACAAGUUGCUUACCUUCUUGAAAGAGAGGUAUGAACCUGUCUAUGCUAAGUGGACUACGGAGCGUUGUGCUAUUUGUAGAUGGGUCGAAGACUGGGACUACAAUAAAAUUAUCAUUUGCAACAGAUGCCAAAUAGCUGUUCACCAAGAAUGCUAUGGUGCAAAAAAUGUUAAAGACUUUACAUCUUGGGUCUGUAAGGCCUGUGAAACACCUGACAUCAAGCGGGAGUGUUGUCUUUGUCCCGUAAAAGGUGGUGCUCUAAAGCCAACCGAUAUUCACACAUUAUGGGUUCAUGUCACCUGUGCUUGGUUUCGACCUGAAGUCUCGUUUGCUAGUGAUGAGAAGAUGGAACCUGCUUUGGGUAUACUUAGUAUUCCAUCAAAUUCUUUUGUGAAGAUUUGUGUUAUUUGCAAGCAAGUCCAUGGUUCCUGCACACAGUGUUUCAGAUGUUCCACUUAUUUCCAUGCUAUGUGCGCAUCAAGGGCCGGUUACCGAAUGGAGUUGCAUUGCUUGAAGAAAAAUGGAAAGCAGACAACAAAAAUGGUUUCCUACUGUGCUUACCACAGAGCUCCAAAUCCCAACAAUGUUUUGAUUUUGCAAACCCCUCUCGGGGUAAUUUCAACCAAAAGCCUUCUCCAAAAGAGAAAAUCUGGAUCAAGAUUAAUCUCAUCUACCAGAACAAAGAAACAAGACACUCCUAUUGAUAUCCCUGAGCAUGACCCGUUCUCUGCAGCUAGGUGUCGUAUCUUUAAAAGAACAAAUCAUAUGAAAAAGAGAGCCGCAGAGGAAGCCGUUUAUCAUAAAGCGAGGGGUCACUGCCACCAUCCUUUAGAUGCAAUACAGAGUUUGAAUACAUACAGAGCAGUAGUAGAGGAGCCUCAAGCUUUCUCUUCUUUCAGAGAACGCCUUUACCAUUUGCAGAGAACCGAAAAUGAACGGGUUUGCUUUGGUAGAUCUGGCAUACAUGGAUGGGGCCUUUUUGCACGUAGGAAUAUGCAAGAAGGAGAAAUGGUUCUUGAAUAUCGUGGCGAACAAGUAAGACGCAGUGUUGCUGAUCUGAGGGAGGCGUGCUACAGAGCAGAAGGAAAAGAUUGCUACCUGUUUAAGAUAAGUGAAGAAGUGGUGGUAGAUGCCACCGAUAAAGGGAAUAUAGCACGGCUAAUAAAUCAUUCUUGUAUGCCAAAUUGCUAUGCAAGGAUCAUGAGUGUGGGCGAUGAUGAGAGCCGGAUUGUACUCAUCGCUAAGACUAAUGUAGUUGCUGGUGACGAGCUAACCUACGACUACUUAUUCGAUCCUGAUGAGCCAGAAGAAUUUAAAGUCCCUUGCAUGUGUAAAGCACCGAAUUGCAGGAAAUUCAUGAAUUAGGAAGGAUUGUACAGAUGAAAAAUGAAGAUCAUAGGACAACUAGUAUUGCUUCUUCUCUUUCAGGAGCAAGCACUAAUCUAUCCCCUCUUCUACGGGGAAAAAUCUCAUAGUUACGCCACCAAAGCUGUAAUUAUUUUUUUUUGAAACACCAAAGCUGUAAUUUUUAUCAAACCACAAGAACAACAAAAGUAGGCAACAAAAAGAAAACGAGCAUAGUUUUUUUGUGGUUUUGUUUUCUCUUUGGACAUUCAUCAAGGUCUAAUAAAAGCUAUUAUUACAUUUAGCACCA